CGGGAGCGGGGCUGCGGAGCUUGGGCGCCGCUGUCAUGGAUGCCUGGGUCCGAUUCAGUGCUCAGAGCCAGGCCCGGGACCGGCUGUGUAGGGCCGCCCAGUACGCCUGCUCCCUUCUUGGCCAUGCGCUGCAGAAACGAGGGGCCAGCCCUGAGUUACAGAAACAGAUUAGACAACUGGAGGGUCACCUGAGCCUAGGAAGAAAGCUUCUACGCCUGGGUAACUCAGCAGAUGCACUUGAGUCAGCCAAACGAGCUGUGCACCUAUCAGAUGUUGUCCUAAGAUUCUGCAUCACUGUUAGUCACCUCAAUCGAGCCUUGUACUUCGCCUGUGACAAUGUCCUGUGGGCUGGAAAGUCUGGACUAGCUCCCCGUGUGGAUCAGGAGAAAUGGGCCCAGCGUUCAUUCAGGUACUAUCUGUUUUCCCUCAUCAUGAAUUUGAGCCGUGACGCUUAUGAGAUUCGCCUACUGAUGGAACAAGAGUCUUCAGUUUAUAGCCGGCGACAGAAGGGCUCUGGAGGAGUAGCCCCAGGAGGAAUUGAAACUGGGGGAUCUGGGGAUCCAGGGACUGCAGGAAGAGGCCUGCCCCAAAUAGUUCUGAAGCUUCAGCUCCGAGUCCUGCUCCUGGCUCAGGUCCUUUGGGGUCAUCCCCCACUUCUGCUGGAUGUAGUCAGAAAUGCCUGUGAUCUCUUCAUUCCACUGGACAAACUAGGCCUCUGGCGCUGUAGCCCUGGGAUUGUGGGGCUUUGUGGCCUUGUGUCCUCCAUCCUGUCUAUUCUCACCCUAAUCUGCCCUUGGCUACGACUCAAGCCCUGAUAUACUGGCACAGGAUAAGGAGGGGACCUGAGCUGAUAAGAUGGAAUCUUAGACUGUCCCCAGUGUACCAGCCUCAUUCUAAUUCUACUCCUUGAUUAAAGUUAAAAUCCAGAAAUUUAGGGGUAGAGGAAGGAGCUUUGGGGAAGAUGAGGUGAGGAAAGGUGACUUAUGUAGUCAGUAGGAUGAUUCUAAUGUUCAGAUCUGCUGGAGCUUUUGUUCUUUUCCUCCUUCAUUGCAUUAUCUUUGUCUCUCUUGACUCUUUUUACUUGGUCUCUCUUAAGUCUAAGAUUCUGUCUCCGUAUCUUUUUUUUGCCUUGUUAGUCCUCUGUCCUAGGAAUUUAAUCAGCAGCAAAAUUACUUUUUGAUAGGGAUGUAGAAGGUAUGGUCUCUAAGAUUCUAAUUGCCUUCUUUUUCCUCACAAAGGUGGCUUGUGGCAGAUUUUACCCCCUUCAGACUCCAGAUUAUAAUUUUAAAGACUUUAUGUCCCAGUGGACUCUUCCCUCAUGCUCCAGAAGUGGUUUGAUGCUUCCUCUUCCUCCCUCAUAUCUACCUCACCAACCUCCCUACCCUUUCCUCUACCUACACCUGCAGAUUUCUGCUUACACUUUGAUUUCAGGGUUUUGUUCAUAGCCCGUUCUUACCCAUUCUUUGCCUGUCUAGAAUGAUGCCGUGUCUAACAUCUUGCUGUAAAUAUUGUACAAUGAAUCUGUGUAAAUAGUUAGGGCCCAUGCCCAUGAUGGAGAACAAGCCUUCUAGCAAA